GGAAGGGCGGGCUUCCGCAAGCUCGCGGGCUUUUCUUCCUCUCCGACUGGGCUACUGCUUCUUCAGGCCCCGUGUUCUCUGCUCCAGGGACCCAGGUGACUCUGCGCUGCCCGUGUUCCCGGGGAUCUCGGGUGCCCGGAGGUUUCUCCAGAGGACGUCAGGUCACCAGAGAAGCCAAAAAUGAUCUCAGUGACCUUUGAGGAUGUGGCUGUGAACUUCACCAAGGCGGAGUGGUCUUUUCUGGAUGCUUCCCAGAAGAACCUUUACAGAGAUGUGAUGCUGGAAGUCCUCAGAAACCUGGCUUGUAUAGGAAACAAGUGGGAAUACAGGACCACUGAAGAUCAGAUUGAAAGCUCUGGAAGCAACCUAAGGCACAUCACAUCUCACUCUGGACAGAAAUACUAUAAGCAUGAGGAAUGUGAAGAGAAGCCAUGUGAAUUUAAACAAUAUAGGAAAUCUGUGGUUUCUCUGAAAAGUGUUCACACACAAAUGUUGUUCCAAACUGGAGAUAGACCACAUGAAAAUACAGUAUGUGGGAAAGUCAUCAGUUGUUCCAGUGACAUUCAAAGACAUGAAGAAACUCAUACUGGGUGGCAACCCUAUGAAUGUCAACAAUGUGGUGAAGCCUCUUCUUCUCUCCCAGGUGUUCAAAGACACAUGAUAACACACAGUGGAAGUAAACCUUUUCAAUGUGAGGUAUGUGGGAAAGCCUUUCAUUUCUCCUCUUUAUUUAGAAGACAUGAAAGAACUCAUUCUGGAGAGAAACUCUAUGAAUGUAAACAAGAUGGUCGAACCUUUAUUUCACACCCAAGUCUUCAAAAGCACAGGAUCACACACACGGGGAAUGCACAUUUCAAAUGUAAGGUAUGUGGGAAAGACUUUGCUUAUCCCAGAUUACUUAGAAGACAUCAGAAAACACAUACUGGAGAGAAGCCCUAUGAAUGUAAGCAGUGUGGCAAAGCCUUUGGUAGAUCUGGUGACCUUCAUGUACAUGAAAGAACUCACACUGGAGAGAAGCCCUAUGAAUGUACGCAGUGUGGGAAAGCCUUUGCUACAUCCUGUCUGCUUCAUACACAUGGAAGAAUACAUACUGGAGAGAAGCCUUAUGAAUGCAAACAAUGUGGAAAAGCCUUUACUGCAUCCUAUGAGCUUAAGAGACAUGGAAGAACACAUACUGGAGAGAAGCCCUAUGAAUGUCAACAAUGUGGAAAAGCCUUUGCUAGAUCUGGUGACCUUCACACACAUGAAAGAACUCAUACUGGAGAGAAGCCCUAUGUAUGUAAGCAGUGUGGAAAAGCCUUUGCUGCAUCCCAUCAGCUUCACGCACAUGGAAGAACACAUACUGGAGAGAAGCCUUAUGAAUGUAAGCAUUGUGGAAAAGCCUUUUCUAGUUCUAGUUACCUUAACAUUCAUGAAAGAACACACACUGGAGAGAAGCCCUAUGAAUGUAAGCAGUGUGGAAAAGCCUUUGCUAGAUCUAGUCACCUUCAGAUUCAUGGAAGAACACACACUGGAGAGAAGCCCUAUGAAUGUAAGCAGUGUGGCAAAGCCUUUGCUAGAUCUAGUCACCUUCAGAUUCAUGGAAGAACACACACUGGAGAGAAGCCCUAUGAAUGUAAGCAGUGUGGAAAAGCCUUUGCUAGAUCUAGUCACCUUCAGAUUCAUGGAAGAACACACACUGGAGAGAAGCCCUAUGAAUGUAAGCAGUGUGGCAAAGCCUUUGCUAGUUCUAGUUACGUUCAGAUUCAUGGAAGAACACACACUGGCGAGAAGCCCUAUGAAUGUACGCAGUGUGGGAAAGCCUUUGCUACAUCCCGUCUGCUUCAUACACAUGGAAGAAUACAUACUGGAGAGAAGCCCUAUGAAUGCAAACAAUGUGGAAAAGCCUUUACUACAUCCUAUGAGCUUAAGAGACAUGGAAGAACACAUACUGGAGAGAAGCCCUAUGAAUGUCAACAAUGUGGAAAAGCCUUUGCUAGAUCUGGUGACCUUCACACACAUGAAAGAACUCAUACUGGAGAGAAGCCCUAUGUAUGUAAGCAGUGUGGAAAAGCCUUUCCUAGAUCUUGUGACCUUCACACACAUGGAAGAACUCAUACUGGAGAGAAGCCCUAUGUAUGUAAGCAGUGUGGAAAAGCCUUUGCUGCAUCCCGUCAGCUUCAUACACAUGGAAGAACACAUAGUGGAGAGAAGCCUUAUGAAUGCAAACAAUGUGGAAAAUCCUUUGCUGCAUCGCAUCAGAUUCACGCACAUGGAAGAACACAUACUGGAGAGAAGCCUUAUGAAUGUAAGCAGUGUGGAAAAGCCUUUUCUAGUUCUAGUCACCUUCAGAUUCAUGGAAGAACACACACUGGAGAGAAGCCCUAUGAAUGUAAGCAGUGUGGCAAAGCCUUUGCUAGAUCUAGUCACCUUCAGAUUCAUGGAAGAACACACACUGGAGAGAAGCCCUAUGAAUGUAAGCAGUGUGGAAAAGCCUUUGCUAGAUCUAGUUACAUUCAGAUUCAUGAAAGAACACAUACUAGAAAGAAACCCUUUGGAUGUCAACAAUGUGGAAAAACAUUUGCUUCAUCCCGUCGUCUUCACAUACAUGGAAGAAUGCAUACCGGAGAAAAGCCCUAUGAGUGUGAACAAUGUGGAAAAGCCUUUACUGCUGCCUAUUGCCUUCAGAUACAUAAACGAACUCAUACUGGAAAGAGGCCCUAUGAAUGUAAGCGGUGUGGGAAAGCCUUCACUCAGUCCUCUCACCUUCACUCACAUGAACAAACUCAUACUGUAGAGAAGCCCUAUGAUUGUAAGCAGUGUGGCAAAGCUUUUGCUAGUUCUUUUAAACUUCAAAGACAUGGAAGAGUGCAUACUGGAGAGAAGCCGUAUGAAUGUAAGCAGUGUGGCAAAGCCUUUGCUAGUUCUGGUUACCUUCACAUACAUGAAAGAACUCAUACUGGAGAGAAGCCCUUUGUAUGUAGGCAGUGUGGCAAAGCCUUUGGUAGAUCUGGUGACCUUCACAUACAUGAAAGAACUCAUACUGGAGAGAAGCCCUAUGUAUGUAAGCAGUGUGGCAAAGCCUUUGCUACAUCCCGUCAGCUUCAGAAACAUGGAAGAACACAUACUGGAGAGAAGCCUUAUGAAUGCAAACAAUGUGGAAAAGCCUUUGCUACAUCCAGUCAGCUUCAUGCACAUGGAAGAACACAUACUGGAGAGAAGCCUUAUGAAUGUAAGCAUUGUGGAAAAGCCUUUUCUAGUUCUAGUUACCUUAAUAUUCAUGAAAGAACACACACUGGAGAGAAGCCCUAUGAAUGUAAGCAGUGUGGAAAAGCCUUUGCCAGAUCUAGUCACCUUCAGAUUCAUGGAAGAACACACACUGGAGAGAAGCCCUAUGAAUGUAAGCAGUGUGGAAAAGCCUAUGCUAGAUCUAGUCACCUUCAGAUUCAUGGAAGAACACACACUGGAGAGAAGCCCUAUGAAUUCAAACAAUGUGGAAAAGCCUUUGCUACAUCCAGUCAGCUUCAUGCACAUGGAAGAACACAUACUGGAGAGAAGCCUUAUGAAUGCAAAGAAUGUGGAAAAGCCUUUGCUCUGUCCCAUCAGCUUCAUGCACAUGGAAGAACACAUACUGGAGAGAAGCCUUAUGAAUGUAAGCAGUGUGGAAAAGCCUUUGCUAGUUCUAGUUACCUUCAGAUUCAUGGAAGAACACACACUGGAGAGAAGCCCUAUGAAUGUAAGCAGUGUGGAAAAGCCUUUGCUAGAUCUAGUCAACUUCAGAUUCAUGGAAGAACACACACUGGAGAGAAGCCCUAUGAAUGUAAGCAGUGUGGCAAAGCCUUUGCUACAUCCCGUCAGCUUCAGAAACAUGGAAGAACACAUACUGGAGAGAAGCCCUAUGAAUUCAAACAAUGUGGAAAAGCCUUUGCUAUAUCCUAUCAGCUUAACAGACAUGAAAGAACACACACUGGCGAGAAGCCCUAUGAAUGUCAACAAUGUGGAAAAGCCUACACUACUGCCUUUUACCUUCGGAUGCAUAAAUACACUCAUACUGGAGAGAAGCCCUAUGAAUGUAAGCAGUGUGGCAAAGCCUUCACUCAGUCCUCUUACCUUCACUCACAUGAACAAACUCAUACUGGAGAGAAGCCCUAAGAAUGUAAGCAGUGUGGCAAAGCCUUUGCUAGAUCCAAUGACAUUCACAGACAUGGAAGAAUGUAUACUGGAGAGAAGCCCAAUGAAUGUCAACAACGUGGAGAAGCCUUUGCCACAUCUUGUCUGCUUCACACAUGUGAAAAAACACAUACUGCAUAGAAAUCGUAUGCAUGAAAACAAUUGGUAAACUCUUGUGUUAUCACUGUUUCACUCAUAUACAUGUAGGGAGUUUACUGGAGAAAAAUCCUUUGAAUGUGAAAUAUGGUAAAUCAAUAUUUCAUGUCAUCCUCAAAGACAAGAGGGGCUCACAGUGCUGAAAAUGUGUGUGUGUGUUUGUGUGUAUGUGUGUGUGUGUGAGAUAGAGAUCGAUCAUCAAUCGAUCCACUGGGGAUUUAGUCUGGUGGUGCUCUACCAGUGAGCUGCAUUCCAGUUCCUUUUUACUUUUUAUUUUGAGACAGGGACUUGCUGAGUUUCUUAGGGUCUUCCUAAGGUGCUGAGGCUACCCUCCAACAUUGAUUCUUCAGAAUCAGCCUCUCGAGUCUCGGGAAUUAAAGGCAUACACCACCACAUCCAACUGAAUAACUCUUUAAAUGUGAAAAAUAUCACAAAUCAUUCCAUUUUCCCUGUUGCCUUCAAAGCCAUUUCACUCACAUUGAAAAACAAACCCUCUGAGUUUAGGGGAUUUGCUACAUUCUGUCAGCUUCGUUUCCUUUCUUAUAUAUGAAAACACUCAUGCAGAGAAGCCCUGUGAAUGUGAGAAAUGUGGGAAAUCUACUAGUUUUCUCAUUUUUUUUCCUAAGGACUGGGAAUAUCGUUUUGGAAUAAAAAGAAUAAAUCCUAUGCAAGUAAGAUAUAUAAAGGGUUCAGCCGUUCUAGUUUUGUUCAGUUGUAUGAAAGGAGUCAUACUGUAGAAAAUGCUGAGGAUAAGCCAUGUGGGGCAGUAUUCAGAUUUCAGAGUUUUCUCCAAAGGCAUAAAAGAAUUCACAUCUGUGAAAAUCCUUUUUCUAUCUUUAAAAAUUGCAGUAACACUUUCAACUUUCCAGUUCCCUUUGAACAGCAUUUAAGCAAUCACACUGGAGAAAAGCCCUGUAUGUAGAAAUGUGGUGAGAACUUUGCUUGUUUCAGAUCCAUUUGAACUUGUUCAGACUUGAGGAAAAUUUUAUUUUAUUUCAUUUUAUUUAUUUAUUUUGAGAAAACCAGUGUAGGUGUUUGAAAAUGGUGUGUGCCUUCAUUUCUUUUUUCUUUCUUUCUUUUUUUUUUUUUUAAAUCUAUUCAGAGGUAACAAAACUGCACCCUGGGUUGGAGAGGCGCAUUGCAUCAGCAUGAAGAUUUGAAAGCAAUAUGUUUUUCUGGGUUAAAUCUCUCUUAUUGUUAGAUUCCAUUUUCCUGUAUCUUAAGUCUUUUGAGUCUAAUGUUUCAUUACAUAUUGUGUAUGUUAGUUUAGGCCUCUCCACUCCAGGCUUUGGUACAGAUUGGUGAAAUGGCUCUUCUGAACUUCUUUCUUCUCUUUCUUUGUUCAGAUUUCACCCAGGAGUGCUCUACCACUGAGUUUCUCCACAAUCCUUUUAAUUGUUAUUUUUUGAUAUGGGGUGAGGCUGGCAGCUGGGACCAUCGGGAUGUGUCUGUGUACCCUGCAGCUGGCCUCUUCCUUUUCCUUGAUUGCUUAUUGAUCUAUUGAUGACUCUGGGACCAUCACACUUGUCACUUGUGCUUGUUCUAAGGCUCAUGUAUUGUGCUGUAUGUAGGCACAUUAAAGAGCAUUAUAAGAUAAUAUCAUUUGUGUAUAUUGUUUGGAGAGGCACUUUCUCAAAAUAUAUUUUGCCCUAUACUUGA